CCAGAAAUGGCUUUGCUAUCUGUUUUGAAGUGCAUUUUGUCUUCGCAUGCAAAGAUUUAAGUCAAACUUAAGAGUAUAAAAACAGUGCUUUAUGCUGCUUUUCUAGAUGGGAAACAUCAUCAUGCCACUAACUAGAUGUAGUGGGUCUUACAAGUUUAUGGAAUUGUACCAAAUUCAAUGAGAGGAAAUCUUCAGUGGCUUUAUCACUUAAUAAUGCAACAGAUUAACGUUCUCCUUGUUGAUGUAUAAAUUGCAAGUUCCUGCACACUACUGCUUGCUCGUAACAUUGCCGGUUCUGCUUUUAGAACAGCUUCUGUUUCAGUUCUAGACACAUGGAGCAUACAAACUAUAAACUCCCCUUUGUUUACUUGUUUUGCCUCAUGUUCUUGAGUGCUUUUGUCACCUGCCAACUUGAUUAUAGGUACUAUGAUGGCACUUGUCCUAACCUGACGAGAAUUGUUCGCUAUGGUGUUUGGUCAGCUAUAUCAAAUGACACCAGGAUGGCAGCCUCUCUCUUGAGGCUUCACUUCCACGAUUGCUUUGUUAACGGAUGUGAAGGAUCUGUGCUACUUGAUGGUGAUAAUGGGGAAAAAAGUUCAUUGGCAAAUCAAAAUUCAGCCAGAGGAUUUGAGGUUAUUGACAAUAUUAAGGCUACUUUGGAGAGGUUCUGUCCUGGCACUGUUUCUUGUGCUGAUAUACUGACUCUUGCAGCAAGGGAGGCAGUUUAUCUUGCUGGAGGCCCUUAUUGGAGUAUACCUUUGGGUCGCAGAGAUGGUCUAACAGCAAGUCAGAGUGCUGCUGAUGAACAACUCCCAUCACCUUUUGAGUCUUUACAGAACAUAACUGCAAAAUUUACCGCAAAGGGUCUGGAAUUGAAGGAUGUCGUCGUGCUCUCAGGCGGACACACUCUCGGCUUUGCUCAGUGCUUCACAUUCAAACCAAGGCUUUUCGACUUUGGUGGCUCUGGCAAACCUGAUCCAGCACUAGAUACAUCACUUCUUCAAAGUCUGCAAGGUGUUUGUCCAAACCAAGCAGAUUCUGAUACAAAUUUGGCUCCUUUAGAUUCUGUCACUUCUUCCAGAUUCGACAACUCUUAUUACAAGCUUCUUCUGAACAAUUCCGGGCUACUCCAAUCAGACCAAGCUCUCAUGAGUGACAAUACAGCUGCUUCUAUGGUCAGUUACUACAGCCAGUACCCUUACUUGUUCUCCAGAGAUUUUGGAACAUCGAUGAUCAAGAUGGGUGGGAUUGGUGUACUUACAGGACAAAGUGGGCAGAUUAGGAAGAACUGUAGGGUGGUAAAUUAGAAUUCGACCAGCUGCUGAUCUUGUAAUGUAAAUUAAGUCGUGUAAUGCAUUAAGAAUGGACAAAAUUGCAGUACUGCACCCAACUGCUAAGUGACAUGAAUCUAUGCUUUACUGAAAUAACUUGUUAAUUCUAUCA